AUGAAAUUUACACUAAGUGAUGAUUGUGAAAGAUUCGUAUCUUUUCCUCCUGGGCAUUUAUACUCUAGCAAACAAGGAGGGCUGAGAAGGUGGUACAAUCCACAAUGGUUUUUGGAGAAGAUACCAUCUACUCCUUAUGAUCCCUUUGUUUUACACGAGGCUUUUGAGAAGGCUGUGUUAAAGAGACUUAUGACAGAUGUACCAUUCGGUGUUCUUUUGUCCGGAGCAUUGGACUCAUCACUUGUUGCUGCUGUGGCUUGUCGCUAUUUGGCUAAAUCAGAAGCUGCACGUCAGUGGAGGUCGCAAUUACAUACCUUUUGUGUUGGCUUGGAGGGUUCUCCAGAUUUGAAAGCAGCAAGAGAAGUUGCAGAUUAUCUUGGAACUCAUCAUCACGAGUUUCACUUUACUGUUCAGGAAGGCAUAGAUGCACUUGAAGAAGUUAUCUACCAUGUUGAGACAUAUGAUGUGACCACUGUCAGAGCCAGCACUCCAAUGUUUCUUAUGUCUCAUAAAAUUAAAUCUCUGGGUGUAAAAAUGGUCCUUUCUGGUGAAGGUUCAGAUGAAAUCUUUGGUGGCUACUUGUAUUUCCACAAGGCACCAAACAAGGAGGAGUUUCACCAAGAAACAUGCCAGAAGAUUAAAGGUCUUCAUCUGUAUGACUGUCUGAGGGCCAACAAAUCAACAUCAGCUUGGGGUAUUGAGGCUCGUGUACUGUUUCUUGACAAAGAAUUCAUCAAGACUGCUAUGGACAUUGAUCCAGGAUGGAAAAUGGUAUAG